GCCGGAAGCUCGUAUAGAUUUUUACUGGGAAGGCACCGCGUGCGUCUUAUCCUCGCGCGUGCUCGUUAUAAACCGUUUUAAUUCCAAUGCAUACUAGGUCAUAAACUAAAAUAGUGUAUGUAUGUUAAUGCGGAAACGAUCACCGUUUGCAGUAAAGUGCUAACUUGAUAAUAAUCUCAUGAGCAGGCCUGAAAUCGGAUUAUCUCCAUCAGCGCUGUUUUCUGGCCCGUUAGUCCAGUAAGGUGGCACGAGCUGCUUGUUUCUAUGGUAGCAUAACUAUUGUUAGUACCGUUAGUGUCGUUAUUAGCAGUAUGAGUCGGUUAGCGCGCUCUCAGUCGGAGGUGUUUGGGGAGAUCCGGAAGGAGCUCUAUGAUGACCAUGAAUUUCGACUGGUUUCUCAUGUGUUCGUUAUCAUGGGCGCUUCGGGGGAUCUUGCCAAGAAGAAGAUUUACCCAACACUUUGGUGGCUUUUCAAGGAUGGACUCCUACCAGAGGAGACCUACUUUGUUGGGUUUGCUCGUUCCCACCUGACCACGGAUGACAUCCGCGCUGCCUCUUUACCGUACAUGAAGGUUAAAGAUGGUGAUAAUGAGCGUCUCGUAGCAUUUUUCCAGAGGAACUCUUACCUGACCGGACGCUAUACAGAAGGAGAGGCUUUCUCCCAGCUGCAGUCCCACCUGAACUCUUUGUGCCAUGGUACAGGUGCCAACUACAUCUUCUACCUGGCACUGCCACCCAGCGUGUAUCACAGCGUCACCACCAACAUUCGCCAGCACUGCAUGAGCAACACGGGCUGGAACAGGGUGAUUGUGGAGAAACCGUUCGGCCGGGACCUGCAGAGCUCAGAGGAACUGUCGGCACAUCUUUCUUCCCUUUUCAGUGAGGAUCAGAUCUACCGUAUAGACCACUAUCUGGGGAAGGAGAUGGUGCAGAACCUCAUGGUCCUCAGGUUUGGGAACAGAAUAUUCGGCCCGAUCUGGAACAGGGACAGCGUGGCCUGCGUCAUUCUGACUUUUAAGGAACCUUUCGGAACUCACGGGAGAGGAGGAUACUUUGAUGACUUUGGUAUUAUUCGUGAUGUCAUGCAAAAUCAUCUUCUCCAGAUGCUCACGCUGGUCGCCAUGGAGAAGCCGGCUUCCACCAACUCCGACGAUGUGAGAGACGAGAAGGUGAAGGUAUUGAAGUGCAUAGCACCAGUGACUCUGUGUGAUGUCGUGCUGGGGCAGUACGAGGGGAACCCUGACGGGGAAGGCGAAGCUAAACUGGGUUACUUGGACGACCCCACCGUUCCCAAAGCCUCCCACACGGCCACUUUCGCCACUGUAGUGCUCUACAUUCAUAACGAACGCUGGGAAGGGGUUCCCUUCAUCCUGCGUUGUGGAAAGGCCUUGAAUGAGCGCAAGGCUGAGGUGAGGCUGCAGUUCACCGACGUGCCAGGUGACAUCUUUAAUUCGCAGUGCCAGAGGAACGAGCUGGUCGUGCGCGUGCAGCCUAACGAGGCUAUUUAUGCCAAAAUGAUGAGCAAAAAGCCUGGUGUGUACUUUAACCCCGAAGAGACGGAGCUGGACCUGACCUACCGCAGCAGAUACAAGGACGUGAAGCUUCCUGAUGCUUACGAGCGUCUUAUUCUGGACGUAUUCAGCGGAAGUCAGAUGCACUUCGUGCGCAGUGAUGAGCUCAAAGAAGCCUGGAGAAUUUUCACCCCUCUACUCCACCAGAUCGAAGCAGAAAGGACACGACCGAUCCCUUACCCAUAUGGAAGUCGCGGGCCGAAAGAGGCGGACGAGCUGAUGAAGAGAGUGGGAUUCCACUACGGAGGAACGUACAAGUACAUGGCGUAGCCCGAGGGAUACGUUGUGACUCGGCUUGGCGGAUAAACCAGUGGUCUGAUAGCAUACAGGAUAAACACAGUGUUUAACAACAAGCCGGAAUGUGCUCCAGUCACCUGACUGUAUGUUUUCCUGUUCUUUCUGAGUUAAGUCUUAAAUAAAUAAAAAAAAAAAUGCCGUUCCAUUGACAAACAUAUGGUGAUUUAUGUUAACUGUAUAUUUCCUAAUAAAAAAAAUUUUUUUUUGGAAACAAAGUAUGAAA